GAGGCAUCACCUUCAUCAUCUGCUGUGGCGUCGCCCGGAAAUGAGAGCGCAAGCGCUGAUCUGACGCGAUCCGGACCGGCUUCAGCUGAUCAGAGCGCGGAGAGACUCCUCAGCGCUGCUCCGCACCGGACCUGAAUGUAAGCAUGGACAGAGCCCUGAAGUGUUUCGGAGUGACUCCUGACCUUCAUCAGUAGCCUCACCCAGCGUCAUCAUCAUCAGCAGCAGCAUCAGGACCGAAACGCGUUUCUGCCGUAGUGAGAGAAAGUGUCCCUGGCGGGCCGCAGUCGCGAUGGGCGAGAACAUGUCGAAGCGGCUGAAGCUAGUCACCGGCUCCGAGUCGGAGAUGGAGGAGCGCAGUUUCAUCAACCCGUUCCCGGACCGGGAGCCGCGGGAGCAGGGCCUCUCCGGGUCCCCGAGCUCUGCGGAGCACAGCGGCGCGAACGAGCCGCUCGACGCUGGUGGGAGGAUCAGCGAUGCCUUUCAGAAGAAAGUGCAAAGCAAGAUCACAGAUCUUCUUCAACAGAUGGAGGAGGGCCUGAAGACUGCAGAUCCACAUGAUUUUUCCACCUACACGGGCUGGUCAGGCAUAGCCCUGCUGUACCUGCAGCUGUAUCGAGCGACGCAGGAGGCCCCGCAUCUGCAGCGGGCUCUGGAUUACGUCAAACGCGCGCUGAGGAACCUGAACGGACGGCGCGUCAGCUUCUUGUGUGGAGACGCCGGGCCUCUAGCUGUAGGCGCAGUCGUUCACCACCACUUAAAGAACCAGACCGAGUCCCAGGAGUGCCUCACGAAACUGCUCCAGCUCCAGCGUUCAGUGCUCAGUCCAGACUCAGACAUUCCUGAUGAACUCCUGUACGGACGAGCCGGGUACCUCUACGCCCUGCUGUACGUCAGCAAAGAAAUCGGGCCAGACGCGGUGGACGAGGCCACCAUCGCCAAGGUGGUGACUGCUGUUCUGGAGUCAGGGAAGAACUUGUCUAAAGAGGAGAAGAAAGCCGAGCGCUGCCCGCUGCUGUACGAGUGGCAUAAGAAACAGUAUUUGGGAGCAGCUCAUGGUCUGGCAGGCAUUUACUACAUGCUCAUGCAGCCGAGUGCUAAAGUCAGUCAGGACACUCUGAAUGAGCUGCUCCGGCCCAGUGUGGACUACGUGCGGCACAAGAAGUUCCGGUCGGGCAAUUACCCAUCAUCCCUCAGCAACGAGACGGACAGACUGGUGCACUGGUGUCACGGAGCUCCUGGAGUGCUGCAUAUGCUCAUCAUGACUCAUAAAGUCUUCAAGGAUGAGAAGUACCUACGAGACGCGGCUGAGUGUGGAGAGGUGAUCUGGCAGAGAGGUUUACUGAGGAAGGGUUAUGGACUCUGUCACGGCACGGCGGGGAACGGAUACGCCUUGCUCUCGCUCUACCACGCCACACAGGACAAGAAAUACCUGUAUCGUGCCUGCAAGUUUGCUGAAUGGUGUCUAGACUACGGGACCCACGGCUGCCGUAUUCCUGACCGGCCUUAUUCUCUUUUCGAAGGUAUGGCAGGAGCCAUCCAUUAUCUCUCAGAUGUCAUCCAGCCUGAGGGUUCCUGCUUCCCUGCUUUUGAGCUUUGACCUGUGCGUCUGGAAGCAUAGACUUUUACUCCUUUUUAGGAGCUUUACAUGCUUUUACAUGCUGGUGCAGUUACAUCACUCUGGAUGGACCCUUUAAAAUGAAGAAAACAUUUCUUCCUCCUCAUGGAUGCAAAAAACCCAACCUUCAGCCUAUAAUUUCAAAGAAUGCCGCCUUGAGUUCGGUCGUCGUAGCUUGUAGUCUUUAUCAGUAUGUUGCCAUUUUCUUUCGUAUAAUAUUUUAUGCUAAAAUAUGAUUUUGUUUUGGUUUGUAUCUUGUCUCUCACAUCAACAGCGUUUCUUGCAUCUGCAUGCUUGUUGGUGAAUAGCAGUGCCUCGAUACGAUUGUCUGUCGCGCACUGGAGUGUUUGUCCCAUGUGACGCGGUUCACUCGUUGACGUCCCGUCUGUGUUGUCUUUGUCUUUGCAUGAGGAUGGCGACACGUGCUCAUGUCAGAAUGUGCCGGUGUACGUGUGUCUUUAGGUAAAUUUAUCCAGCUUCCAACAUGGUGUGGUUGUCAAGUAUGUACUGUGCGUAUGUCAGUGUUUCGUUCCAUUGGUUCAUUGGCGCUCUUGAUAAAAGAAAGAAUCCAUUAUACCUGAAUGAAUGACCUGCUCUGGUAAAUAUUGUUUCCUCAGGCAAAAUGUGUUAUGAAUGUCACAAUAAACUGGGCUUUUUCUGAACUGCUGUACUCCAACCUGUCAUUCACCUGAUGUACGAGUCUUCUCAAAUCUGCAAAGAAACGACAGCAUUUGAAAUGAAACCACCUGCAAUCCUGUGCCAUCAGGUAGGUUGUACUGUAAAGUAUGUCAGAUCGCAGUAGUCUGCUGG